AUGGCCUUGUACCUCAGAGCAGCUAAGGAGCUAUUAACCAACUUCGUGGAUUUUAAGAUAGCCCAAGUCCCCCGUGCUUUUAAUGCUCGGGCAAAUGCUCUCACUAAGCUUGGAUCAACAAGUUCAGGGAACGGCCCAGGACCUCUCUACACCGACACCCUCGAAUGUCCCAACAUCUCUAAGCCGCCAGAUACAAUCAUGCAAACCAAGAUGCCCAUGUUGCCCUGUUGGCUAGAUCCCAUUACCCUUUACCUAACGCAAGGCACCUUGCCUAAUAAUACCGCUGAAGCCAGAUGUCUACAAAGGAACUCUCGCCACUACCUUAUGAUCGACAGUCAGCUCUAUCAGAUGUCACAUUCUAGCAGCGAUGUGGGACACUAUCUUCGGUGUCUUCGACCAUCAAAAGCUAGCUAUGUUCUUCGGGAGAUCCAUGAGGGCGCAUGUGGGAAUCAUCCUGGGGCUAGAACCCUCGCACAAAAAGUCAUCCACCAAGGGCACUACUGGCCCACCAUCUUAGCCGAGUCUAGGCGACUCGUCUCUCUAUGCAAGAAGUGUCAGUUUUACUCAUCCAUUCCGCGAGCAACAGCCACUGAACUGACCCUCAUGCUUAGUCUAAUUCCUUUCGCAUAG